AUGGCUACUCCGAAUGGUGUUCACGCGCCAUCGAGUGCUUUUAUAGAGCCGAAGUUUACAAGUGAUCAUCAGUUUACAUUAUUAAACAGUGAAGAACUUCGAUCAAAAAAUCGUGAACAAUUAAUAGAAAAACUUGAACGUGUUGUCCAAGAAAAAAAUGCUUCCAUUACUAAAUUAGAAGAACGUGAAUCAUACUUAGAAGAUUUACUUAAGAAGAAAAAUGUAGAAUUUCGUGCACUCGAAGAACAGUUACGACAGUAUGAAGGAAAGACACAAACAUUUGAACAAUUACAUCAAUUACAAGUACAUACUUUUGAAAAAACAAUACGUGAUUGUCAAAUUGAAAAUGAACGUUUAUAUGAACAUAUUAAUGAUCUAACAAAACAAUUAAGAGAAAAAUCUGAUUUUGAAGCUAUCAGUCAUGAAAAAAUUAUGACAUUUGAUCGUAUUGCUGCUGAUACACAACUUUGGCGUCAUAAACUUGAUUCCUAUAAAUCAACAGUUGAAAAUCAUGAAGAAACUAUUGCUAAACUUAGAAAAGAAAUCAGUGAUUUAUCGAAGAAAAAACAAACAAAUGGAGAUUUUGAAGACAACUCAUUAAAAGUACACAUUGCAACCCUUCAAAAUACGUUACGUGAUCGUGAUAAUGAAAUUGAACAUUUAAAAUUAACUCUCCGUCGUAAGCGAGAUAAAUCAGAACCGGGGCACUUAUCUCAUGACAGCCGUUGGCAAAGUUGUAAUGAAAAUAUUGGACGAAAUUCAUCUACGGGAAAACCAACUCGAUCUUCAUCUCAAAAGAAACGUCGUCCAUCUCCACCAAUUCGAGAUGAAUCUCCAACAUCAUCUCCAUUAGAUAUUGAAUAUUUAAAAAAGAAAAUUCAUACAUUAACAGAUCGUUUAGCUAAUGUUCAACAGUUACUUGUUAAACGUGAUGAUCAAAUAGUUACAUUAAAAAAAGUUCAUGAUAAACGUUGGUUACGUCUUAAACAUUUACAAAAACAAUAUCGUUCAAUUAAAGAUGAAUUACAAUCUUAUACUGAUGAUGAAAUAUUACAAAAAAGUACUCCUAAUAAUUAUUUUUAUGGUCGAGUUAUAAGAAAAAAUAAAGUUGGUUGUUCAGUAUGUGAUGAUCAACAACGAAGAAAACCAGCAGGUUCAAAACGAAAAGUACUUAAACAUGAAGAUGAUGAUAAUGUUUGGAAUGAAGUAACAAAAUUAAGACGAGAGAAUGCAAAAGUAGUUAACGAAAAUGUAAGUUUACAAGAAAAAGCUGAUUUACAAGAAAUUGAAAUUAAUGAACAAACAAUUGUUAUUGGUGAACUUCGAAAUGAAAUUCAAUUAUUAAAUGAUAAAGAUGAACUACGUCAAUCCAAGAUUUCAUCUCCAUUAAUAACUAAAUCAAGUGAUGAUCAACAACGUUUAAUUGAAGAAUAUGAUAAAAAAUUAUAUGAUCUUGAAACUGAACGAACAUGUUUAAUAUUUGAACAAGAACGUUUAAAAACUAGUCUUGAUCUAUGUAUUGAUGAAAAACAACAUCUAAUUCAACAACGAACACAAACAACGAGUGAAUUAAAAAAAUUUAAACUUCGUAUAUUAGCAUUACAAGAUCAAAUUCAUAAAUUAAAACGAAAUAAUCAAUUACCAAAUAAAAAAAAUAUUAUUAAACCAUCAUUAAUUAAAAAGAAACGAAUCAUUAAAAAGAACCCAAAUAAAUCGUGUUUAGAAAUGUUAUUAGAUCUAAAUCCAUCUCCUAGAUAUGCUGAUGAUCUUCCAAAUCAAUCAUCUGCUCGUUAUCGAGUAUCAUCAGCUAAAUCAGAAAAAUUUAAUACGAAUCGAUGGCGACGACAACAACACUAUCGUGCAUGCAGUCUUUGUGAUUAUCAUACAGAAGCUUCGUUAAUGAAACGUAAAAAAAGACCAUCAAUAUCAUCAACAAUGCAGAAAAAGAAAUGUAUUCCAUUAAAGAAAAAUGCUAACAAUAAAGUUCGCUUAGCAAAUUCUUUUCAACGUGAUCCAUAUUCACAGUAUGCAAGAAAAUGUUCAAUACCUCAAUCGAAAAAGAAAUCUCCAACUAGAAUUGGAACAAUGCGUAGACGUAUUGAAGAAUUAGAAAUGGAUCUUACAAAUGCUAGAGAUGAAAAUGCACAUCUUAAUCAACGUUUAACAACAACACUCAAUCGAGUUAAUAUACUUAAAGCUACAAAUCAAAGACUUCUUAAUGAAAGUGAUAGAGCAAAGCAUGAUCAACUUCUUCAAUCAACAUUAUCCUUGAAUGAAAAUCGACGUAGUGAUUCUUCAACUUCGGAUAGUAGUGAAACUAUUGAAAAUCUAUAUGUUCGUCUUAAAAAUACAUCAUUUGAUGCUACUCGACAACGUAAAUUAAAUAAAACUUUACAAGAAGAUAAUGAAACACUUACAAAAAAUCUUCAAUCAUUAACUGACAAAUUAACACAUACAGAACGUGAUAUAGCAAGUAAACGAAGUUUAAUUGAAAAUUAUAAAACACGAUUAACUGACAUCGAAACAAAUGGAAAUCGUGCACAUGAAAAAUCUACACAUGAAAGUGAUGAAGAACGAAUUAAAGCACUAACAGAAACAAUGGACAAACUACGAGUUUCACUCGAUUCCUAUAAAAAUCGUUUACAAGCUGUAUCACGAGAAAAACAACUUCUUGAAACACGUUAUGAACAAAUUCUUGAUGAACAUCAAAAAUUAAAAAUACGAUAUGAAGAUAUACAAACAAAACAUCGUUUAAAUGAACAACAACUUCGACAACAUCGUCUUAAUCAUGAACAUAUAAAUCAAGAAUUAUUAACAACACGUCGUUUAUCAGAACAACAAUUAUUAACAUUAAAUACAAAAAAUCAAGAAACAUUGAAUAAACUUGCAUUUGAAUUAGAUCGUACACGACGAUCUUUACAUGAACAUGAAAAAUUUACGAAUGGUCUUCUUUAUGAAAUGAUUCGACGAAGUGUUCAAAUGAAAGAUAAUGUUAAACGAGCACGCGAACAUCAAAGACAACGUGAAUCAUUAUCAAUGACAUUGCCUGGUUAUGAUACAGCAAUGAGUACAGCAAGUAAAAUAUUAAAUUUAACUCAAGAUGAUCUUGAUGAUAUUAUGUCAAUAACAGACGAUAGUUCUCAGGGCCAUACAAAAGAUGAUAAUAACAUUAAUAAAAAUGAUAAAAUACGACAAAAAGUAUCAAAAUUACUUGUUUCACAAGAAGAAUUUGCUGGAAAACUUCUAAAAAUAUUCAGUAAAAAAUUAGAUGAAAUUCAAGAAGCUGAUCGAGAUUUAGGAAUGAUUCGAAAUAUAUGA